UUUCUUGCUUGCUUAUUAUUUACCAAUAAUUCACUAACUUGAUAAAGUUUUGUUUUGCUCUCUCUCUCUCUCUCUCUCUCUCUCUCUCUCUCUCUAUAUAUAUAUAUAUAUAUAUAUAAUCUUUCUAAACCAAACAACACCAUUUUCUGUUAGUUUUUUCUAAAUCUGUCUGUCUGUCUCCUUGUGAUCUCAUGCCAUGAUGUCUGGCACACUGUUAGCUCACUGCUAGAGACGCAGCAGUUUUUCAGUGCUUGAGCAUAUCUGGAUUUUUUUUACUCAUAUUUAAGACCGGUCAACAAUGAGUUUUGAUUGUAUUCCAUCCAAAUCGGAGGUUAUGGGUUGGGAUUCACAUCGGUUAGCUGAGUUUCUGAAGAGAAGGAAUCUAACUGGAUGUGAUAAGGUUGUUGCACGAUUUAACAUAAAUGGACAACGAUUCCUGAGUAUGUCCGAAAAUGACAUUCAAAAGUUCCCGAAGCUUCAUGCACCACUUAUCUCCAAGAUUUGUCAAGAAAUCAACAAAGAAAAGAAGAGAUUCUUUCCACCAAUUCCAACAAUAAGGCCAUCACAACCAGUCCCCAACUAUCCACAACCACCAGUUUCAGUUGACCAUGCGGAACAAGCAUGGGACUCUGAGGAGUUUGACAGUGAGGAUGAUUACGAGAAUCCUGAUUCAAAUGGCGAAGGCGAAGCUAGCGGUGGAGAUUAUGAGUCUCCACAGGAGGGAUCGGACAGUGACAAUAACUAUGAGCCACCACCAAUCGAGCCUUCUGAUGACAUGCCCCAGAUCUGUCCUGCUAAACCCAUAGAAAACAGUGAAUAUAUUGAUAAUAAUCGUAGCCGUGGCGUGAACAGGAGCCAACCUCCUGUGCCUCCAGAGCGUCCUGGACCUGGCCAUGGCCCUGGUCCUAGCGCUUCUCUUCCUCUUGUAAAGAGGCCAAGUGUUGGACUACAUCCAAGAGAAGAGCAAGCCCCCCAAAAAAACCCUGCACCUCGUGUGGACCGCAGUAAAAAGCCAGGAGUGCUGGACAGGAGCCAUCCCUCACCUGUAGCUGGUGUAAGAGUCAGUAACUCACUUGACAGGGUUUCUCAACUACCAAAAAGCAACAGUGCUGCUCCUCUCAGACUGCCUGCAUUGGCAGUGGAGAUGCCAGGAGACCCAAAGCGAAUACCCAAACCCUCACUUCCUCCUUCUGGUGUGCGGAGGAGCGCCUCCUCUGUUAAUCCAGGCUACUCUCAAAACCGAGAUCAACUUGAUCACAGAAAUGAGUUUCAUGAUGACACUGCCAGGCAUACCUCCAACACUUUUCCAUUGCAUGCCAGGAAUCCAUCACCAAGACCGCCAGGGACACAUGGACAGCCUUUUCAAACAGACAGUGUUACUCCCAGUCGAUCACUACCAGCAGAACUGCAGAAUGCAAUGAUUCCUCAACGGAGUAGUCCACGAGCAGCACUGCCACAACCAGACACAGGGAGCAGCAAGCAGGACAUGGAUCCAGCUUGGUAUGUUGGAAAGAUCACCCGUGGUGAGGCUGAGAGCUGUCUGAGAAGAGUAAACAAGGAUGGGGCAUUCCUUGUGCGAGACAGUUCAAAUCGCUCCUCUAACCAGCCCUACACACUUGUGGUACUGUACCAGGAAAAGGUUUACAACAUUCAGAUACGCAGAGAAAGAGAUGGCUUUGUGCUUGGCACUGGUCUAAAAGGCUCAGAGACUUUUGAACGGAUCUGCAACAUUAUCAGUCAACACAGACACAUGCCACUCCUUCUUAUUGAUGCUAAGAACCGAGAGGCCAGCCAACAGAACCAGUGUGCUCUGAUUUACCCAGCUGGAUAUUAAACCUUUAUUCUACCCCAGUCUAGACUCCACAGGACAACAUCACUGGACUUCAGCCAGUACUUUCAGAAAUUGAUCUGAUCUCUGGGAUAGAUCUUUAAUUCUGUGGUUUAAUUAAAUUCAGUCAUUGAAAAUUAUGGAAUCAAUUACUUGUUCCUCCUCCUUUUUUUCUCUCUCAGAGACAUUUUUAAAAUUAAAACCUUGCAAUGCCAUUCAAAACUUAAAAAAUUGUAAAGACUUGUAAAGCUUUUGAAUGCAUGGUCACACAUUACAUGGUACUUAAUAGAUAUUAACAAAUUAAAUGUAUAUAUUGCACACACAAAAAACAACAACAAGAUUGCAUAGAUCAAUAUUUAUAUUCUGAAAGAUGUCUGCAUUCCUCAAACUAUAAUAAAGCUAUUAAAUGGAGAGCUACAGUUAACAAAAAGAAAGUAUUUUAUUCCCACCUUGUUCCACGAUUGCAAUGUCAAAUGAUUAUUUAUUGUGUUCAUGUCAUAAUGUCUUUCUCUCUUAAAUGUAUAGCCUAUUGUCAAGGCAAUAAAGAUUGU